UGACACUUCAGCUGAUUGUCAUUGCGGAGAUUUGAUUUACGCCUGCCUCUUCACUCGAUAUCAUGGACAGCGACGCCGCUCCUCUGUCUUUGAGAAAAACAGUCGCUGCGAAAAGAGCGAUUGGAAAACACCCAAAGAUUAUCGAAUCUCCAGCUUAUGACGCAUCCGAGGAGGACAACGACCCGCUCUCGGACGAUGCACGUUCGGUCACUGGCAUUCUUCCGACUUCGCUUCCCUUGGAAACACCACCAAGACUGAGCGCUGGACUCAUGCGUCCAAAGGCACAUUCCACACGAUCCAAUCGGCCUCACCAGCUCGCAUCGAGUGUCUUGUCCGACUCUGAUGGGGUAGACUCGCCCACGUACGAUGGUGAUGUGGAGUCUAGCGCCACUGUUGGAAACGAGCCAAGGCCAACGCAUCAUCACCAUGCAUCGUCGACAUCCACUUUUGAUGUCGCGAUGUUUUCACCCUCGCCUUCCCCAGGUUCUGCAACUACACCAGCUACAGACGUCGCAAUGUCCGCCCCUCUCUCAGCGCCGCUACGCGAACCAGCUCCUGCUGCGAUAUCAAAAGCGGCUUUCAACCCCGCUGCACUCACUCCCGGAGACAUCCAGUCAUUCGUUCAACAGGCGAUCGACGGCGAGUCCUGGCGGAAGUACAAGAUCAACUCACCGCCAUUAGACCGGCCCGUUCGCAUCUAUGCUGAUGGCGUUUAUGAUCUCUUCCACUUUGGACAUGCUCUCCAGUUGCGGCAAGCCAAACUCUCUUUUCCCUCGGUGUAUUUGCUUGUUGGAGUGAAUUCGGAUGAGCAAGUGCGAGCUCACAAAGCUCGCGGCGUCAUGAGCCAUGCAGAACGACUGGAAGCGGCACGUCAUUGUCGAUGGGUGGAUGAGAUCGUUGCAGACGCUCCGUGGGUCAUCGAUCAGGCUUUUAUUGACAAGUACCAAAUCGACUACGUCGCCCACGACGAGGAGCCAUACAAAUCAUUGGGCCACGACGAUGUGUACUCCUUUUGCAAAUCCCUAGGCAAAUUUAUUCCCACACGCCGAACGCCAGGCAUAUCGACCUCAGAAUUACUGGAACGCAUCGUCUCUGGCUACCGCCACCGGGACUUUGACGACAAAUUAACCAAGAUGGCCACGGAAAUGAAUGAAACACCACCCUUCUCUGCCGAGACAUACUUUGCUACGCAAGCUGCUCCCCAUACUCUCGAGCAGGAUAUCGCCGGGGUGAAGGCAUUUGUCACCCGUCAGGUUGCAGAGGGGCGGAACGUCGUGCUGGUUACUGGCACACAGAGCGGGGGAACCACAGUGCCGCUGGAGUUGAAUGUUGUGCGAUUCCUCGAUAAUUUCAGUGCUGGAACGCGCGGUGCAACUUCUGCCGAAUACUUCCUGAAAGCCGGAUAUGCAGUGAUCUUUAUGCACCGGCAAUUCAGCCUGCAACCAUUCAGCCGCCAUUAUUCACAUUCCACCAAUCCUUUCCUCGACUUUAUAUCGCUGGAGGGCGAUGGAAGCGACCAGAAAGCCGGGAUCGUAGCGGAGAAGCGUGCUGACCCGGAUCUAAUCAGUGUGUUGGCUGCGUAUAAAAGCGUGCAAAUGGCAGGGACGCUGCACACGCUGAACUUUGUGACGGUGAAUGACUAUUUGUGGUUACUGAGAGCGGUUUCCCAGGAGCUCUCGGUUCUACGGCAGAGAGCUUUGUAUUAUCUCGCAGCUGCUGUGAGCGACUUUUUCUUACCGCGCCAGAAGUUGUCGGAACACAAAAUACAAUCCGGCAAGGGUAGCUUGCACAUUGAGAUGGAUCAGGUGCCCAAAGUCCUCAAGGCCAUGGUUGAGGAAUGGACUCGCGACGGUUAUAUCCUGGAAACAGACGAAGACUUGCUCAUACCCAAAGCACGAGCAGCUCUUGAACGGUAUGGCCAUCAGAUUGUCAUCGGAAACGAUCUGCAUACUCGCAAGCAUCGUGUCGUGUUUGUCGAGCGGAAGAUGAAACCGCUGCCUCCGCUGCCUACUGGCGCCGAUGAUGCUGAGAUUGCGGCGGUUGGCGUCCAGAAUAAGGACAGCCUCAUGUUUGUCGAGUCUUGGCUUCGCCUUUCGCCAACCGCUCAUAACCAGGAGAUCGAGGAGGACAUCAUCAGCGAACUUGUGAGGCGACACUCCUUAUGGAUAGGUGCCUCGACCAAGUAA